AUGACCGCCCCAGCUAAAAACACCAAGAGUGUCAAACCCACAAAUGCGUCGGAGCAAAGCUCGUCAAAUGCUGCAACCUCCACGGACCCAAGACCGUCCUCUUCAUCAAAGCAACCACCAACAAUAGCUGCGAAACCAGAAGCCGCACCGGCUAAAAUAGCGCUCGCCAACCCUGUCCCAAAGUCAUCCCGAGGAAGCGGUCUCAGCAACAGCGCAAAAAGAAUCCAAAAAGAACUUGCCGAAAUCUCCCUGGACCCACCCUGCAACUGCUCCGCCGGCCCAAAAGGCGACUCGCUCUACGACUGGGUCUCAACCAUCCUCAGGCCCUCAGGCUCACCCUACGCCGGUGGCGUGUUCUUCCUCGACAUCCACUUUCCGCAAGACUACCCGUUUAAGCCGCCCAAGGUCACCUACCGCACAAGAAUAUAUCACUGCAAUAUCAACUCGCAGGGCGCGAUCUGUUUGGAUAUCUUGAAGGAUAAUUGGAGCCCGGCGUUGACGAUUUCGAAGGUGUUGUUGAGCGUUUGUUCGCUGUUGACGGAUGCUAAUCCUCACGACCCGCUGGUGGGCAACAUCGCACAGCAGUAUCUGAACGAUCGCGAGGAGCACGACCGGAUUGCGCGGGAAUGGACCAAACGGUAA